AUGUCUCGCAUCGGCUGGUAUGGCCUCGGGUCCAUGGGCCUCUCCAUGGCCACCAAUCUCCAACGACACCUGGCCAGCAAAACGGCCAUGAACCUGAUCUAUUCCAACCGGACCAUGACGCGAGGAGAUCCAUUGAAGGUCCUCGGUGCGACGCCCGAGACCAAAUUCGAGAACCUCGUUGCGCAGUGCGGGAUUAUCUUCACCAUGGUUUCGAAUGACUCAGUCCUCCAGCACCUCAUCUCGUCAGCCAUUGGAUCGGGCCAUUCCCUGCGUGAGAAGAUCUUCGUCGACUGCUCGACGGUGCAUCCGGAGACGGUGGGACUCACUGUGGCCAAGUUGAGGGAGAAACAGGCCUCUUUCCUGGCGGCGCCUGUCUUCGGUGGGAAUCCCAUCGCCGUGGAUGGGAAAUUGGUCUUUGCAAUUGGCGGACCGCAGAAGGCGACGCAGCUGGUGAAACCGUUGAUUCAGAACGUUAUGGGUCGGAAGGUGAUUGACUGCGGUGAGGAUGCGACUAAGGCGUCGUUGUUGAAGAUUGCUGGCAACAUCGUAACGGUGAACAUGAUGGAAGCGGUCGGAGAAGCUCAAGUCUUCGCCGAAAAGACCGGCUUGGGAAUGGGUCCUAUGGAGGAGCUGAUCAGCGAGGCAUUUGGCCCGGUUGCCGGGGGAUACUCGAAGAGACUGACCACCGGUGCGUAUGCGCCGCCUCUGGAGUCUCGACCGGGAUUUGGCGUGUCUCUGGCCAUCAAGGAUGCGAAUCAUGCGUUUGCCAUGGCGCAGGAGAAUCGGGUGGAACUACCGGGCUUGCAAGUGGCGCGGGAGAAUAUGCUGGCCGCUAGAGACUACGCGGGAGAGUGUCUGGAUAGUAGUUCCAUGUACGGAGUGCUACGGCAGAAGGCGGGAUUGGAGUUUUGGAAUGAGAAAAGUCGAAAGGGUGGCUCUUGA